GUGAAAUGAAACAUAAGACAAUUCAAAAUUAUUGCCUGUUUGAUGAAACAUUUGAAAUCAUGCUGUUCCUGAUCAAAGCACAAAACUGUUUGGAAUGUUAGAUCAAACAACAGUGUUACUUAUCCAAACAACUGUUAUGUUGACAGUUACUGCACAACUUAACCUUACACCAUUCGGCAACGGUUCUCAAAGUUCCUAUAUUAGUGAUGUAGAUGGUAAUCCCGAAUACGCAGUAAACCCGCCAAUGUCAAAUGAAUAUAGUUUAGACAAGUGUUCAAGCUCAACAGAGAAAGUAGGUCAGGCUAGGGGAGCAUGGUGGAUAUUUGAGUUUUCUUUCGACACAGCAUAUAUUACAGAUAUAACAAUUUACUACAGGGAAAACAAUGCUUUUGAGAUGGAUGGAUUUCAGUUAUAUGUGACCAAUACACCAACAAUUCCACCUAACGGUUUUCUCUGCUAUGAAGAUCCUAAACCAGGUCUUCCAAACAUCAGACAGACAAUACCUUGUUAUCAUCUUGGAAAAUAUGUUAUUUAUUACGACCGUACAGGAUAUGAACUUGAAUCUAUACCAUAUGCUCCAACUGUUAGUUUAUGCUACGUUGCCAUUUAUGGUUGUGAAAAGAAUUUUUGGGGAAGUAACUGCGAUAUUUCUUGUGCCGAAAGUUGUAUAGAGAAGCAUUGCUUCCCUGGAAAUGGUUCCUGCAUUUUGGGAGGAUGUAGCGAUAAAAACUGUUUGAAUAGUAACUGCGAUCAAUAUACCGCCGUUUGUACCGAAGGCUGUAAAGAAAGGCGGACAGGAAACUUUUGUAACAAAUAUAACCUUGCAUUUGACAGUUCAAUUUUGUUUAAUUCAACUAGAAAUGAACAAGCUAUUCUAGCAAAUGACGGAAAUAAAACAUCGUGUGUCCCAUCACAUGGAUCUGAGAUGUGGGUACAGGUUGACCUUAAGGAAAUAAGCGUUGUGACGGAAAUAUAUCUAACUCUUAUUGUAAACAUUACAAAGGAAGGAAACCAUACCCUUUACGCUUCUAACUAUAGUGGUUUAUGGGAAAAUGGAACUGUUUUGUUCAGAGGUGAAUCCUUACCAACUGUGAUCAAUGUCAGUGCCGUUUUCAGAUACCUGAUAUAUGAACCUCCAAUUCAAAACCAAAUUUUUAAGCUUGAAGUAUGUGAAAUUGGGAUUGUUGGUUGUCCACCUACACACUUUGGUCCUUUUUGUAGCAAAUUGUGUCCUGCGUACUGUAGUGGACCUUGUGACAUUGAAACCGGAAAUUGUUUAUUUGGAUGUGUAAAUAAAUGGAUAGGUGAUAAAUGUGAUUUAGGUCCAUCAUGUUACGAGACUAACUCGGAUAAUUUAACCACUAACUGUUCGCCUGAAAUUGAUCAGGUAUAUCCAGCAAGUGGACCAGUUAAUGGUGGUACAUUGUUGACAUUAACAGGAAAUUAUCUUGGAAAUGUAAAUGAUAGUAUAUUUGUUGAUAUCAGUGGAGUAAGAUGUCACAACGUAACAGUCCAAACACCCUAUACUGAUUUGACUUGUGUUACUGGAAAAUACACCGCACUCCAGACGAUUGGUUUAUUCGUUUGGGUAAAUGCAAAUUACUUCAGCGAUUCAAAUACCAAAUACUUCACCUUCAAGGUACCUAAGAUCUUAGAAUUUUUACCAAAGAAAGGAAUCCUAUCUGGAAACACAACUGUAACAAUAAGAGGUCUCAAUAUUGAUUUUGAAGGACAAAGUCGGUACAAUAUUUCGUUUUGUGACGAUGUGUUUUGUUUAAAAUGCAGUGUUUUACCAAAAACAAUCAGUCCAACGAUCAUCAAAUGCAAAACAGGCAAAUCAGUGGAACCUCGAAAUAUGACUCAGCUGAACGUUGUUAUUGAUGACUUGACAGUCUUGACACUUAAAGAAACGUUUCAAUAUCUACCGGAUCCAACAUUUGACAUAUCGACUGAAUUACCGAAGGCUUUACAAGGUGGAGGCGUAGUAUUUUCAAUUCGUGGCAAUGGUUUCAAUAAUGUAGGGGCUAUAACAGUAGAAAGAGUGGAUAACCCAUGUGAUGUACCUGAAGAUACUUCAACUGAAUGUGAAACACCUCCAAGGUUACAGAAUGAGCCUGACAAUCAAACUAUUGAAGUUUAUUUCGAUGGUGUUACAAUCCAAGUUACUAUAGAAUAUGUGGACGACCCUACUUUUGAAAAUUUCCAUGACGUUUAUCUAUAUGACAAGCAAUCGUCUCUUGAAAUUAAGGGUAGAAAUAUAUUAAAUGUUGCACGUCGUGAAGAUUAUCAUAUACAUGUUGGAUUGGAUGGAAUUUGUUUCAUAACUGAUAUUAGUAUGUAUAACAUCUCUUGUUAUCCACCUAAGUCAGUACCUCGGACUAAUUAUACAGAUGAUAAUACAGUUCAUGUUAUUUUGAACGUCAUAAAGAUACAGGUGUAUAUUGGUGACAUACAGUACAAAACAGAAACAGUUACAGAAAAUGGCAAUACAUUUGUCAUGGUAGUUGGAAUAUUAGCAGCUGGAUUAGUUGUAUCUGUUAUCAUAGGCAUGUCGGCUGUAUUAGUUUUGAGGAGAAAGAAGACUAAGACUGUCAAUGAAUUCAAAAUGAAAAUAAAGGCUAAGGAAGAAAUGAUACAAAAAGCUAGGAGAGAAGGUGAAUGUGAAAGGAUAGGAAACUUGAGAAGGGAAGAUGGAAACGAAUAUACUGAGCCUGAUGAGUCAGUAUAUGAUGAAAUAAAUGAAGAUGAUGAAAACAAUACACGUGGGAAUAGUUAUCUUGAUGCAAAUGAUGGAUACGAUGAACUCGGACAACGAUCGCCAAAAAGUCCAUACAAUCAGCUUCAACAUACAAGGGAUGAAAAGCAAAGACCGAACAUGAUGAAUAAUGAAAUAAAUGCUGAUGACAAAUUACAAAGCAAUAAACGUAGAAAUGAUUAUCUAAGCUUGUUUAGCGGAUACGAACAACCAAUAUCACGAAACGAUCCAUAUGAUCAGUUUCAACAGGAAAGUGCUGACAAGAAAAAUGAAAUGACAAAUUUCGGUAACCUUAUCAAGGAGUCAUCUAAUGAUUAGAUAAAUCUCAAGAAGUAGGAGGAAUCAGUUUGAAUGACAGAGAAAUCUGUUGUUAACAUUAUGUCUGUACAUACCAUUCCAUGUAAAAUUGACUAUUCUGUAUAUCUUAAUACUAAUGUGGUUUACCAAAAACAAUAUGCACACGAAUUUGAAUAUUAUCAAACCUAUAUUACUUAAAUAAUCUGGUACAAAUAAAGAAUUUUUAAGUAGACAAUAUGUAAUCUUUUUGCCUGUUAUGUUUUUCAUGUUUUAAAGGACGUGCUUUCAAACCUCUUUGUCUCGAAACUUACCACAUGCGGGUAAUUCGAUACACAUGUCAUGCUAAUAAAAUUUAUCAUCAUACGGCUUACUUUA